UUUCCCUCAAUUCAAGACUUUUUGACGCCCGCGAAAACAACAACAUUUAAGAAAAAGAAGAAGGUUUUUCGGUUCGUGUGUCUGUGCGGGAACAAGGAGGACACACUUUCAUUACGAGGCAGACACUGCUAGUGGACAAGAUGUGUCUCGUUGGUUUGUCUGCUGAGGAGUGUGACAGCAUCUUAAACGGCUCUUGAGACCAAGAUUGUUGCCGUAAAGAGGUGACAAAGAAGACUGAGAGGGACGGCAACAUUGCUGUCACAGAUGUGGGCUUAACAGUGCAGGAUGGGUCUACCUGUGGACAGCCCAGACAGAAACGAUGCACAUAAAUACGAGCAGCACGGAGAGGGGGAGGGGGAGGGGGAGGGGGGUGAAAGCCAAAGUGAAGCCCGCAUCCACAUCCCCCCGCCCGUCAACCCGAAGAAGAGGAGAAAAGGCAAGAGAAGAUGACUGUGGAUCAACCUCACCAACUGCAAAUAUGAAAGUGUGCGUCGUGCCGCUCACAGAUACGGCCUGAGGGAGUCAGUGGAGGGUGAAGACUGGACGCUCUUCUGGACAGACUGCUCCGUGUCUUUAGACCGUGUGAAGGACAUGAAGCGGUACCAGAAGAUAAAUCAUUUCCCAGGGAUGAGUGAGAUCUGCCGCAAAGACUCGCUCGCAAGAAACAUGAACAGGAUGCUGAAGCUGUUCCCCAAAGACUAUAACAUCUUUCCCAGAACGUGGUGCCUUCCUGCAGACUACAGUGACUUCCAAGCUUUCACCAGGGCCAAAAAAAACAAAACCUACAUCUGCAAGCCAGAUACGGGUUGCCAAGGAAAAGGCAUCUUCAUAACCAAAUCAAGUAAAGACAUUCAACCUGGAGAACACAUGAUCUGCCAGGUUUACGUCUCAAAGCCUUUGAUUAUCAACGGGUACAAGUUUGACCUGCGUAUCUACGUGCUGGUGACGUCAUGCGACCCGUUCAGUAUAUUCAUGUUCAAAGAGGGACUGGCUCGCUUCUGCACCACCAAAUACAACGAGCCGACACACGGGAAUGUGGACGACGUGUGCAUGCAUCUCACAAACUACUCCAUCAACAAGAACAGUGAAAACUUUGUCCGUGACCAGGACACUGGAAGCAAAAGAAAGCUUUCCACCCUGAACAAACUCUUAGAGUCCAUCAGCUGCAACACGGACAAGAUGUGGAACGACAUCGAGGACGUGAUCAUAAAGACGCUGAUCUCCGCUCACCCCAUCCUGAAGCAUAAUUACCACACCUGCUUCCCCAACCACACCACCGGCAGCGCCUGCUUCGAGAUCCUCGGCUUCGACGUGCUGCUGGAUCACAAUCUCAGACCCUGGGUGCUGGAGGUGAAUCACUCCCCAAGUUUUACCACCGACUCCCAUCUGGACCGCGAGGUGAAGGACACUCUGCUCUACGACACUCUGGUCCUCAUCAACUUGGGCGCCUGCGACCGCCGCAAGAUAACCAAGGAGGAGAGACGCAGGGUGAAGGACAGGCUGCAGCAAAACAGCUCCAGAGAGGCCAGGUCGGAGGAGCUGCGUCAGUGCCAGGCAGCCACUGUGGAGCAGAUGGAGAGGUACGAGGCCAAACACCUGGGAGGCUUCAGGAGGAUCUACCCCCGAGAGGGAGCAGAGAAAUACGACAAGUACUUCAAACACAGCAGCUCGCUCUUCCAGGAUACGGCGGCGUCCAAGGCCAGAGAGGAGUGUGCCAGGCAGCAGCUGCAGGAACUGCGUCUGAAGCAGGAGCAGAACGAUAGAGACCAGAAGGGAGGCCGGAGGAAGGACCUGCAGGGGGAGACGGCGGGGGAGGGAUCCAAACCACAAAGACGAACACAGACACAGCCCCCCAAAUCAGACUCCGACCUGCAGCCGCCGCCUCUGUCCAGUGUGCCGCUGCAUCCUGAAGCUGCAGAGGUCCAGGAGGUGAAGAAGCAGCAGGAGGUGGAGGAGGAGGAGGAGGAGGAGAGAGAGGCGGACGAAGAGGAGCGGGAGCGGCUGGAUGCUCUGCUCCGGAGGAAGAAACUGUUGCAGGACCUUGGUGUGGUGGAUCAGAUCCACCAGCUGCUGCAGGUCCAGAGGAAAGGAGGGCGGGUCAACAAGGACGCCUGCAGCCACCAGCAGUGCAAACCGGCUCAUCAGAGACCGCAGCAGAGCAAGUUUGAUUCGUUCAAACAGUUUUCCCAAAGGACGAAGGCACAGCCCUUCAGUCAGAUCUCAGGACAGCAACUUCUCUCCCACAUGACUCAGCUCGGCGUUUGGCCCUCCACGGACCAGAGGAGCAUGAACGCCUCCGGCUUCCUGCAGAGCGAGGCUGAGAGCCACAACAGACCGGCAGAGAUGAGCAGGACCUUCAGCGCCCAGCGGGUACACUGGCCAGCGGCGGGCGGGCCUCUCUCUGUGAGGCAGGACGCCAUGAGCAGCUCCUGCACCACCGACGCCAGGUCCCGUCCCGGCAUCCCGCUCAUAAACAACAUCCCCAGAGGAGGCCUCCGCUGCAGCUCCCUCGCGUCCCACGACCCCGCUGCCCUGCAGAGCCUGCUUGUCGUCUCAACCCGUGCCCCCCUGGUCCGGAGGCCUGGCUUCUCUCACAUCGUAAGAAACUCCUCCCGCAGAGCCCCCCAGUACGGAAAAGGCCAGUGACCAUAAAGCAGGAGC